AAACCGCCGCCGACAUAUUUAGUAUCAGUCACGCAGCCUUUAAUAUUUGUUGGCGUAGGGCUCUGAUACAGCUCGCGGUACAUUUCAAAAAGCCGUGAUAUAUUUGUUGUGUUUUUAAAAAUUUUAUUAUUUAUUGAUUUUUCUAUAAAUUAUUUAUAAAGUAAUAAACAAUCAAACGUAAAAAUGACUUUUUCCCAGUCAUUUGAAUUUGGUAAUAGUACUUUUAUGAAGCUGGAAAGUGAAGUGAAUCAUGCCAUACAGGACGAAGAUAAAGCAUUAGAUGUAAUCUUGGAAUCUCCAACUGCACCAAAAUUUGCAAAUAAAUCAUUAAGUAGAACUAAAUCUCGUUUGAUACAAACUGCUACCCAAAGCCAUAAAACUGGAGAUACCACACAUCGCAAAUUCAGAAGAAGCAAAUCUGACUCUACAUUACCCAAAGCAUCUGCUAACACUAAUGGUGCAGAUAAUUAUUCCGAUUUUUUUCGAAGUGAUUUUUCAUUUCAACACGAUGUCACCGAAGGAAAGCCUAAACAUCAUACCGAACAUAAAAACACUUCCGUAUUAAGAGUAUCCCAAAUAGAAGCAGCCUUUAACGAUAUGGACAAUAUAGUAGACGCUGAAAAUGAUACUGAUAAUGAUGUUGAAAACUCCUUUGAAAAACCAAUAUUUUCUGAAGACUUAAAAGAUCUACUAGAAACCGAAGAUGAUAAUAAUAUAUGGCAAGAUUCAUUACCACUGUCAGCCAUAAAUAAAACUGAUGAAAAUAUUGAUGAUCCUCCUGAAAUCCUGCAUGAAAUUAGUAGUUUUAUUUGUCCUCCCAAAGAUAAUGACGUAUUACGAGAACAACUUUUAAAUAAAGAAUUAGAAAUUAGUCACCGAAUUUUUAAGGAAUCCCAGCAACCACAAGAAAAUGUAUCAGAACGGAAUAUAAGCUUAAGCUGUAUGUCUCCAGAUCAAUUGAAAUUUACUCAGGAGUGUUCUCCUUCCGGAUCUAAUAUAAAAACUAAACACGAGGUGAUAGAUAAUACCUCUAAGCCUAAGAGAGCAGCAGACAAGUGUGAAGAGAUUGUAAAAAAUGAUUCAAAUAUUAUUGAAAAAUCAAAAGCAAUGGAAUUUCCCACCGAUAAUUUAGAAGCAUUAAAAAGUAUUAAAGCGUGGAACUUACCUUUGAGCGUUUUAACAGAAUAUGAACGAAAAGGUGUUAAGAAAAUGUUUGACUGGCAAAUACAGUGUCUAAGUAAUCCAAAAGUUCUUUUUGAGCAUUGCAAUCUUGUAUAUUCUGCUCCUACUUCGGCCGGCAAAACUUUGGUUAGUGAAAUUUUACUUUUAAAAACUGUUCUGGAACGCAGUAAAAAAGUUUUACUCAUUUUACCAUUUAUUUCUGUUGUACGUGAAAAAAUGUUUUAUUUGCAAGAUUUAUUAACAUCGGCUGGCUAUCGCGUAGAAGGAUUUUUUGGUGGAUAUACCCCACCAGGAGGAUUUGAUAGCAUUAACGUGGCCAUUUGUACGAUAGAAAAAGCCAAUUCAAUUGUCAAUAAAUUACUAGAACAGGGAAAAUUAAAUGAUAUCGGCACUGUUGUAGUCGAUGAAGUACAUUUAAUAUCAGAUCCAGGAAGAGGUUAUAUUUUGGAAUUACUACUGGCUAAAAUUUUGUACAUGUCACGAAAAUAUGGUUUGCAAAUUCAAGUCAUUACUAUGUCUGCCACAUUGGCCAAUGUAGAACUAUUGAAAAAGUGGUUGGAUGCUGAAUUAUAUAUAACUGACUUUCGUCCAGUGGCUUUGCAAGAAAUGAUUAAAAUUGGUAAUAAAAUCUAUGAUAACCAUUUGAAAUUAUUGCGUUCUCUUACGGAGCCCUCAGUCAAUGUUAAAGAGCCAUUUCCGGAACUACAAAAUGAUUCGGAUCAUGUGGCCCAAUUGUGUAUAGAAACUUUAGUAGAUGGUUGUUCAGUUAUUGUAUUUUGUCCCUCAAAAGAUUGGUGUGAAAACUUAGCCACACAAUUAGCUGGCGCUAUACAUUCAUUGGGAAAACAAGGUGGAGAAUGGGGUACUAAACUAAGAAAUCAAAUAAAUCGUCAAGCUAUUGAUCAUGUUAAGGAACAAUUAAGGGAUAUACCAACUGGUUUGGAUGCAGUUUUGGACAAAUGCAUAACCUACGGUUGUUCCUUUCAUCACGCUGGCUUAACAACAGAAGAAAGGGAUAUUGUGGAAGCUAGUUUUAAAUCUGGCGCUUUAAAAGUUAUUGUAGCUACCAGCACUUUAAGUUCAGGUGUUAAUUUACCAGCACGUCGUGUUUUAAUAAGAUCUCCUUUGUUUGGUGGCAAACAAAUGAGUUCUCUUACAUAUCGCCAAAUGAUUGGACGAGCUGGAAGAACUGGAAAAGAUAUUUUGGGAGAAUCUAUUUUAAUAUGUACUGACAGUAAUGCACGUGUGGGUAAAGAGUUAAUAACGGCUGAUUUAAGACCCAUAUCCUCCUGCCUAGACCACGACAGUAGUACACAUCUGAAGCGUGCCUUGUUAGAAGUUAUCUCUUCAGGUGUUGCUACCAGUAAGGAAGAUAUUGAUAAUUUUGUCAAUUGUACAUUAUUGAGUGCUCAAAAGCAAUUAGAAAAUCAAGAGAAAGAACAAAGCCAAGAUGACUGUACUGAUAGCGAAUACAUUGGGGGAGCUUUAGAUUUUCUUAUCGAGUAUGAGUUUAUACGCUUACAAAAGAAUGAGGAAACUCAAGAAGAACAUUAUGUAGCCACUCGACUUGGUCAUGCUUGUUUAGCUUCAUCUAUGCCUCCAACCGACGGUUUAAUAUUAUUUGCAGAAUUGCAAAAAUCAAGACGUUGUUUUGUUUUAGAAUCUGAAUUGCAUGCUGUUUAUUUGGUUACUCCUUAUUCGGUAUGCUAUCAAUUGCAGAAUUUGGAUUGGCUAUUAUUUCUCGAUCUCUGGGAAAAAUUAACACCGGCCAUGAAAAAAGUCGGAGAGCUGGUGGGUGUAAAAGAAUCAUUUUUGGUAAGAGCCAUGAGGGGUCAAACUAAACUAGAUUACAAAUUAAUGCAAAUACACAAAAGAUUUUAUACUGCACUGGCUUUGCAAGAGUUGGUUAACGAAACUCCUAUUAAUGUAGUUGCAAUCAAGUAUAAAUGUACACGAGGAAUGUUGCAAAGUUUGCAACAAAUGUCCUCAACUUUUGCUGGUAUUGUAACAUCGUUUUGCAAUUCAUUGCAGUGGGAUACUCUCUCAUUGAUUGUCUCACAAUUUAAAGAACGUUUGUAUUUUGGUAUACAUCGAGAUUUAAUUGAUUUAAUGCGCCUACCAGAUCUGUCACAUAAAAGGGCUAGAGCACUAUUCGAUGCUGGAGUAACAUCAUUGAUUGACUUGGCCAGCGCCGAUGUAUUGAGUAUUGAGAAAAUUCUUUACAAUGCUUUUAGCUUUGAUUCAGCUAAAAAACAUGACAAUGAAAAUGACUUUGAGGCAGCUCAACGCAAUGAAGCAAGACAAUUUUUUAUAACUGGUAAGGCAGGCCUCACAGUAGCUGAAGCUGCAAAAUUACUUGUCCAAGAGGCUAGACAAUUUGUUCAAUAUGAAAUAGGUGUGGGUAAUAUUAAGUGGUCUCAAAGUGUUUGUGAGGAUAACAAAGAAGAUAAUAAUAAUGAAAAUGAAAUGCACAUGUCUUAUGAAGAAAACAAAUUUCACAAUGUAAUGGUAAAGUAUAAUUUGGAUCAAACUAAUGACAAAGCCAAGGAUACAAAUGAUAAAAUCACUGAAAACAUCACAAAUGUUAAAAAUAAACAAAAUCCAUUAGAAUCUUUGGAAAAGAAAGAUAACGUAGACAAUAAGUUAAAAACAAAGUAUGAAGAUCAGAAUGUCGAUGAGGGUAAGAGUUUGAAUUCAAAUAGAAAUACAAAUAUUAAUUCUGUAGAACAAAGAAAACAAAAAGAAAAUAUUCAUCCCAAAAAUAUUCACAUGUCAUUCAAAAACGAUAUUUGUCUAGCAAAACCACUGGAAAGCAUUAAGAAAAUAAAACAAUCUCCGAAUGUUAAUCAGAAAGAAAACAAUACGACAUUUGAGGAUGAUUCCAAUCUCCUAAAUUUGAUAGAAAAUGUAGAGAAUAAUGCAAAAGCCAAUAAAGAAAUAAUUCAAAACGAAAAUAUUAAAAACGAAAAACAAACCGAAAAGCGCAAAUCUUCUGAAAAUCGUAAACAAAAUGUUGAUGUUACACCACCUAAAAUGCAAAAAGAAAAUAUAAAAAGUGUAACAGUUGAAAAGCGAAAAUCUUCGGAAAAUUCGAAAAGAAAUAUUGAUGUUACACCACCCAAAAUAGCAAAAAAGGAAACAAUCGCUAAAAUUGAAUCCAAGCAAACAAAAAUAAAUUCCAUUAAAACAGCUAAUGUAACCUUAAUAGAUCAACGUAAAUCAUCAGACCAAUUAAAAGAUUUAGCUGUUACUCCUCCAAAUGUUAUAAAAACGUCGGUACCAAAUAACAACAAUAAAAAAACCAUUGAGACUGAUGAGAAACCUAGUACAAGUCAAAAAGCCCAAAGAUUGUUAAGAGCCAAACAACUGUCUGAGAUGAAGAAACAAGAAUGGGCAAAAAGAAAAGAUCUAGAGCAAAAUAAAUUAGCAAAUACACCAGAAACUAAAUCAGCGACAAAAUCUAAAACCUCUAAUACUCCUGAUAAAAACGUAGAUAACUCUACUCCAAAAGCUGCACUGCAAACCCAAAAUAACAGAAAACUUCAAAAUACGAAUAAGAACUCACCAAAUACUCCAAAAACAAUAAACAACGAAAAAGAGGAAACAGCAAAAUUACCUAGAAGAAGUCCCCGUAACCAUUUAAUAAGUUCCACCAGAAUAGAGGUACCGACAAAUAUAACAAAAUCUAAAACAACUAUAAAAAGUCCAGAGAAUGAUAUAUUUGGAAAUGAGAAUGAAGAAUCUUUUACCAUCAACACCGGCAUAAAAGAAGCUCUAAAAGAAGCAGAUAAUUUUAAGAGACCUUCUAUACCGGAAUACAGCAAUAAUUCACCAGAAGAUGAAAUACCAAGUUCUCAACAACUAAUUGAAGAUGUGGCAGACAAUAAAACAAAUUCCCCUCAUGCUUCGCGCUUUUUAAGAUCUUUACGUGCCACACAAAAAAUCCAAAGUCCAAAGACUAAGCCAUCAAUAGAAAAUUCAAAGGUUAAAAAAUUACAAACAGCAGAGCGGCCUUCAGAACCACCCUCAUCCAGGCCUUCAGAACCUCCCUCAUCCACCAGCAUAGAGUUUUCCGAUCUAUCCAUGGAAAAUUCUCUUAUUAAGAAUCCUAUACAACUUAAUGCCUCACACAUUCUUAUGUGUUCAAAAGUUGAUACCGAAUCAUCUUCAUUCAAAUCUCUUGACAUAAUAGACAUUUGCGGAGAUCAACAACUUUUUAAGGGAGCAUUUAAGGAAUUCAUGGCAAGUAAACGUUUAGGAUUCUGUUUAGGCAUUCAGCAACAAUGUGGCAAACGUAAACCUAUAAUAGGAGCAAAUCUUUUACUAAAUCAAGUGGCUGCUGCAGAAAAAGAAAAUGAGCCUACAAAAUCCUAUGAAUUUCAACUUGACGAUACAAAUUAUUUGGCUGGUAUCGGAUUUUGUAUAUCGGAAAAUGUUGUGUAUUAUUUGAACAUGCAACAGGAGGGAUCUUGCAAAGGACUAACAGGAGAAAUAAAGUGCAAAUACUUACGUAUGUUGUUAAGAUCUUCGGAAAUUACUUUACUUAUCUACGAUGCUAAAGAACAAAUGAAAAUAUUACGUAAGAUUUUAAAAGAUAUUGGAGAUAUUGCAAUAGCUUUAGAAGACCCAAAAGUGGCUAAUUGGCUUUUGCAACCAGAUAAAAAUCACAAUUUACAUAGUUUGGCUCAACAAUUUGCUCCAGAAUGUUCUUCUUUAGUUAAUUUAUGUGGCAGUGGUCGAGGCUACAACAGCUAUGGCUUGGAUUCGGAUAGUGCGAUAUUAGCUAAGGUUAGAUCAUCCAUAGAAGCCUGUGUUACUAUACACAUUUUAAAAGGACAAAUAGAAAAUCUAGAACGAAUUGGUACGGGACAAUUACAAAAAUUUUUUACAGAACUUGAAAUGCCUUUACAAAUGUCAUUAUGCAAUAUGGAAGAUGUGGGCUUUCCCACCAGUUCAGAAGCUUUGCAUAAAUUAUUUCAGCAAAUGGUUGAUUCUAUGAAGAAGCUGGAAAUUAAAAUAUAUGAAAUGCAUGGUUCAAGAUUUAAUUUAGGCUCCUCUUCAGCUGUAGCACGAGUUGUAGGUUUACAUCGUAAAUCAAAUGGUCGUAUAAGUACUUCUAAGCAGAUUCUAGAAAAAAUCGACUCACCUAUAUCGCAAAUGAUAAUAACGUAUCGUAAAUUAAGUGUUACUUUAACAAAAAAUGUACAACCCCUGCUAAAAUGUGUAAAGGAUGAAAGAAUCCACGGACAAAGUAUUACUUUUACAUCUACGGGUCGUAUUUCUAUGACAGAACCAAACUUACAAAAUGUUGCUAAAGAUUUUGAUGUUGAAAUAGGUUCGGAAAAAAUUACAAUAUCAUGUCGUAGUGCAUUUUUCCCCUCAGAUUCAAAACGUUGUUUAAUAUCUUCGGAUUUUUGUCAAUUGGAAAUGCGUAUACUGGCACACUUAUCACAAGACUCAGCUCUAUUGCAUGUUAUGAAAUCUGAAAAAGAUGUUUUUGUAGCAAUAGCAGCAAGAUGGAAUAAAAUCUCGGAAAAUAGUGUUACGGAACAAUUGCGAAAUGGUACAAAACAAAUAUGUUAUGGUAUUGUUUAUGGUAUGGGUAUGCGUGCAUUAGCUGAAGGACUAAAAUGUACCGAACAAGAAGCUAAACUUGUAUCUGAACAAUUCCAUGCAGCUUAUCCGGGUAUAAGAGCGUAUACAGAAAAAGUCGUAAAAUUUGCUAGAAAUAACGGUUACAUAGAAACUAUAACAGGCAGAAGACGAUAUUUGGAAAAUAUUUGUAGUGGGGAAGCAUUAAUAAAAAAUCAAGCCGAACGUCAAGCGGUAAAUUCUACUAUACAGGGAUCGGCAGCUGAUAUAGCAAAAAGUGCUAUUUUACGAAUGGAAAAGAAUAUAAUAAAAUAUCGAGAAAAAUUAGGUAUAGAAACACAGUCUGUCCGUUUAGUUCUACAUUUACACGAUGAACUUAUAUUUGAAGUUCCCGAAGAUAAAGCUAAAAAAAUUGCAAAAGUCUUAAGUGUAACUAUGGAAAAUUGCGUUAAACUUAAUGUGCCUCUUAAAGUAAAACUAAAAAUUGGUAAAAGUUGGGGUGAACUUAAAGAGGUUAAAUUUUAAUUACACUUUGUGAGUGUUUAAUUUUAAACGAUUUAAGGUAUAAUUUUUAAACAAAUACCCAUUCUUUCUUUUAUUUUCUGUUCAAAAUUAUUCCAUCAGAAAUUCGUGUUAAAGAUUUUUUAAAUUAUUAGUUUAAGAAGGUUUGUUAUGGAAUUUUUUUCUAGGAAUAGGUUUUGAUUUUUCCCUUGAUCGUAUUGGGUUUAUAAUCGUUUCUAUUUUUAGAUUAUUUUACAUUUUAAGUAAUUAUACAUAUUAACAAUUUUAUUUAUAUGUUACAUCUGUUACCAUUUCUAAGAGAUUUUAAAAAAGGUUUUUGUUAAACAUUAAAAAAAAUUGUAUUAAAAUUAAUUAAUUGUAAAAACAUUGAUUACUCUUUUAGGUUAAUGUUAAGUUUAGUAAUAGAUAAUAAAUUUAGUUAAAUUUUAUGUAAUGUAAAAGUUUUAUACUUUCAUUUAGUAGUUUGUAUCAUUCAAAGUGUAUACUAGUUAGGACACGAAAAUAAUCUAUCAUAUUCAUACAUACAGUGACAAUUGUUAAAUAAUUAAUUUGGAAAUAUUUUCCAGAGUUGCCUGAAUUAAAAAAUUCAUUUAUAGUUUCAAAAAUCUAUAACCUAUAAAAUAUUAAUGAUAUAGCUCAGGCAAUCGAAUGCUUAACACUUACAAAAACUUUCCACACACUUUUUAGUGCUGUAAUUAGUAUAUAUUUGUCCUUAUUUAAAUACAAUAUGUAUCCAAUAUAACAGUUUGUUUUGACAAAUAGCACCACCUUUUCAACAAUUUGUUACUAUGCACAACCUCCCCUUUAAUAAAUAAUAAAUAUAUUACGUAAUAAACGUACAAUAGGGAAUUAAAUUACUAUCUUUAAUGUUGUAGAAAAAAAUUAAACAAUCCCAGGAAAAAUUUUAGAACUUGUUCUAAAAACUACUAGUUCUAGAACGAGUGAAAACAGAACCACUUCAGAUUC